CCCCCAUCGCAAAAGAAAAAAAGAGAGUAGAAAACAAAACUUUUAGGCUUAGCUUUAAAGGGCGCAAACACAGUCGCAGUUUCUCUCUGGUUCGCUCUCUGUGGCGGCUCCGUUUCUUCUUCCACGGGAUUCUCCGAUCGGUGAUUAUCCACGCAUAGGGCUUGAUCUUUCUAGGGUUUCGAUCUGAAACCUUGCGAUCUAGUAGAAAGAGAUUUAGAAACUUAGAAUAAUGUUUGCGCCUGCGACCCAACAGCAACAACAGCCGCAGCAGCAGAAGAAUCAAUCGGAGCAUGUUUCAUCUGCUGAAGAAGAGGCCUUGAAGUGGAACACCGAUUGCGUUUACUUUCUCGCGUCUCCUCUAACCUGCAAGAAGGGAGAAGAGUGUGAGUAUCGCCACAGUGAGUAUGCGCGUGUCAACCCAAGGGAUUGCUACUAUUGGUUGAGUGGAAAUUGCAUGAACCCCAAGUGUGGCUUUCGGCAUCCUCCUUUGGAGGGACUAUUGGGAAAUCAAGGAGGUGCUCCUGCUGGUUCUGUACAGCCACCACACGCAGCUGCUCAUCCCGGUCUUGCAAAACAGCCGGUUCCGUGUGUUUUCUUUCAAAAGGGCAUGUGUGUGAAAGGAGACAUGUGUUCGUUCAUGCACACGCCGAAUCCGUCUGGCUAUAAAAAGCAGCAUCCUGCAGAAGCUAAGCCUGCUCAUGCUGAUUCUCAGUGUGCCAAAAAGCCAAUUGAAAAUUACACCGGGGAGAAGAAAUUGCCUGAUGCUAAUCUCCAAAAGGCUGUUAAAGCCCAUGUGGACUUAUCGGCCGCACCAAGAGUCACGUCUGCUGGCAUAAGGGAUAGUAGAGGUGUAGAGGGAUAUAUUCCAAAACAUGUGGGAUAUGAGCCUGUUUCGCAGAAAAAGGCUGUGGGUGUUCCUUCUUUUACUGAAGGAGGAAACCAUUCUACUCAGUUUCUUCAGAAAUAUGGAUCUGAUGAUAAUAACAGCUUCCACAAUGGUAAAGACUCGGAUGACGUCUUGAGAGAGUCGUCUCCUGGGUUUGAUGUUCUUGUGGAUAACGAGGCUAGAGAUUCUGAGUAUUAUCAUGUUGAAGAUCGAUAUGGACGGAGAAGUCAGGAGGGACGGAACUCUGUGAAUGAGUAUGACCCUGAUUUCAGUGGAAUGGCUGAUGGUGAUAGAGAAGCAUUCCGCGAUCAGCGUUUUGAUUCGUAUGACCAGAGGGAAGACAGGCACGGAUGGGGCCACCGUCGAGUUUCGUCCGAGAGAGGAGGAGAUCGUGCGGAGAGAAGGGUUUAUGCGGAAGAUGAGAGAUCAGAGAACAUACUGGCGUCUGAUCUGAGAUAUCGCUUGGCUAAGCAGAGGAAAGUUAAUGGUAUGGGAUCAGUGGGAAGCCAUGACUAUGCUGCUGCUCACGACUCGUCAGUGGAAAGAGGAUACAGAGACUCUCGUAGGAAUACACCGAGGGAAAGCUCCAUUAGCAGCAGCCGUCUUCAUGGUAGAAUUAAGCUUCGUGAGAGGAGCAAUGGCGACGAAUCCCACUUUGAUAGGAGAUCGGAGAGAGGAAGAGACAGAAGCGAGUUAUCUCAAGGUAGACUCCGAGAUAGAAUUAAGGGUAGGUUAGAGGAAAACAAUAGUGGUAAUCAGGAAAGAGGUCUCCGAGCUCCAUGGGCGAGAAGAAGAGAAAUGGACGACGAAAGAAAAUCCAGCUUUUCAGCUCCUAGAGGCAUUGGAGAAACUAGAAGCAGCCAAAAAGAGGAAAGUAAAACAGAGACAUCUCUCGGGAAGAGAAAAAGCUUGGAGGAGGAUCAUCAUCAUCAUCCUCAUAAGCCAUCAGGGGAUUCAUUUGCAGCUCCGUUGCCUUUCAGUGAGAUUCUCAAGAGAAAAAGAGCGGCUGCAUCUGGUGGUAGCAGCAACAAUAACAAGGACCGGGCACCUCAAGAAACGAUAUCAAAAGAGGAAGCUGGAGAUGAGACCAAACUCGUCACAGAAGAGAAACCCAAGGAGGUUGUAUCUGAACCCAAUCCAACCCACGAAGCUGAAGUGGAAGAAGGAACGAUUAUGGAGGAAGGAGAAGAAGUGAUUGGGGAAGAGGAGGGGGAGCAAGUGUAUGAAGGAAUUGAAGAGGAGCAAGCUUAUGAAGGCGAUGAGCUAAACGGAGAGUACUAUUACGAAGAAGGAUACGAAGAAGAUGGAGAUUACGUUUAUGAAGAAGGCGCAGAAGGCGAAGAAGUUGUUUACGCGGUUGAGGAAGGAGAAGAAGAAGCAACCGUAGAAGGUGGAGCAGAGGGUGAAGAAGAUGACAUUGAGAAGAAGACUGUUGAGAUGUUGUCGUAAAAAAUGGAGAGAUUGAUAUGAUCUAUGGUGUGACACACGAAGCUUUUUGCUCCUUUUCUCUGCUAAAUGCAAACGGAGAGCAAAUAAUGCAAGUCGCUUUUAUCUUCUUUGGCUUGGCACUAAGUUUUAAGUCGCCAAUUUUUUCUACUUUGAUUUCUUAAAUUGUAACAGUAGAAGAAAGAAAAGAUACAACUCUACCUCAAAUUUCUGAUUUUUUUUGUUUUCCUAAUUUGUUUCGAUAUGUGUGACAUUUUCCUUAAAUUACAAGGUAAUCAUAGUAAGUAAAAAAAAGGUCUUCACAGUAAACAACCAUUUUCUUGAUUUCUUCAGUGUUUG